AUGGGGAGGGGACGAAGAGGGGCGGGACCCCAGGACAGGCUCCUGCCGGGGGCGACUCUCCUCAUCCUCACCCGGUUCUCCCGGCUCGCGGGUAUCCCCCGUCUCGUGUCUUCUGUGCAGCAGGUUCAGAGAGGUGCUCCUCGCACCCUCAAGUGCAAGAAUAACGUAGGUGAAAAAGAGCAGCUUUUGCAGCAGACCACCAAGAUGGCCAAGGGCAAGAGCACUUCUUGCAAGGAGGCCAAGCAACUAGCACUGCGGAACCUGAUGAGAAAGAGACAAAUAGCCAAGCAGAUUGCUUGUACACAAGAAUUUCUAAAAUAUUUUGGGACAUUUUUUGGACUUACUGCUGUAAUUUUAACAACUGGAACAAUAAAAAGGAAGAACCCAGCAGUUUUACUGCCAAUACUUCCCUUACGCUUUGUAUUUUCCUAUCAGUAUGAUAUGGGCUAUGGGACACUGUUGCAAAGGAUUAAGGGUGAAGCAGAGAACAUACUUGACACAUAGACCACCUUGCUGGAAUUGCCUAAAGGACCUCUGACAUUUAAAGAUUUGUAG